AUGGCUUAUGACCGGUACGUGGCCAUCUGCUUCCCCCUCUGUUACACCUUCAUCAUGACAAAGGGUCACUGUGCACAGCUAGCAUCUGGGACCUGGGCAACAGGAUUUCUCAAUUCCCUCCUCCACACAGUGUCCACCUUCCGACUGUCCUUCUGCAAGUCCAAUCGGGUUAACCAGUACUACUGUGACAUCCCCCCAGUGGUGGCCCUCUCCUGCUCAUCCACGUACAUGGCAGAAAUGCUCGUUUUCAUCGUAGGAAGUAUCUUGGCAAUCAGUGCCUUCCUAAUUACCAUCAUCUCUUACAUUUACAUCAUAUCCACCAUCCUAAAGAUCCAGUCAGUGGAAGGGAAGCAGAAAGCCUUCUCCACAUGUGUAGAAAGACCCCUGUGGAGAGAGGGGAUAGACAGCUACAAUCUCAUCCCCGUGACUCACUUUAUCCUCACGGGGCUCUCUGACCUCCCCGAGGUGCGCUGUCCUCUCUCUGUGGUCUUUGCCGUCACCCACCAGGUCACCUUGGUGGGAAACGGGGCCAUUCUCUUGGCCAUCGGAAUGGAGAAGAGGCUGCACACACCCAUGUAUUACUUCCUGACCAAUCUGUCCCUCUUAGACAUAUUCUGCCCAUCAGCUACCGUCCCCAGGAUGCUGGACAAUCUCCUGACUGGGAAUCACAGCAUUUCCUUCCUGGGCUGUGCUUUGCAGCUUUAUUUCCUGGUGGCCCUGACGGGGACUGAGGUCUUCCUUCUCGCUGCCAUGGCUUAUGACCGCUACGUGGCCAUCUGCUUCCCCAUGCAUUACACCUUCAUCAUGACAAAGGGUCACUGUGCACAGAUAGAAGCUGGGACCUGGGCAACAGGGUUUCUCAAUUCCCUCCUCCACACAGUGUCCACCUUCCGACUGUCUUUCUGCAAGUCCAAUCGGGUUAACCAGUACUACUGUGACAUCCCCCAACUGGUGGCUCUCUCCUGCUCAUCCACCUACAUGGCAGAAAUGCUCAUUUUCAUCAUAGGAAGUAUCUUGGCAAUCAGUGCCUUCCUAAUUACCAUCAUCUCUUACAUUUACAUCAUAUCCACCAUCCUAAAGAUCCAGUCGGUGGAAGAGAAGUGCAAAGCCUUCUCCACAUGUGCCUCCCACCUCCUGGUUCUGUUCUAUGGCACAGCCAUCUUCACCUACAUUCGUCCCUCUUCACGUCACCACUCCCCAGACAGGGACAGACUCAUCGCCAUGCUCUACUGGGUUCUCACCCCAAUGCCAAACCCCAUGACCUAGAGCUUGAGGAACACAGAGGUGAAAGGGGCACUCGGCAGGGUCUUAUGUCAUAGACCAUGUUUACAUUAA